AUGAUUUUUGUACCCCAAGGAGCUACUUUUGGAGUCCCUGGGGAGUUCGAGAAGCACGGAGGGAAAAAAAAAGUCUCCUACGCCAAGACGGUACGACGAUUAUGGCUACAUGUACUCGAGGCUGGCAUCCGUUGCCAAAUUCGUGUAUCUCGGACCCACCUGCGCCAGGUCAAAAUCCAAACUUGGGCACCCAAUAGCUCGGCCUUUCUCCACUUCCAAAAAUCCAGACCCGUACCGCACAAAUCGAACCCAUCUGCGAACUCCCUUCAGCCAAGGAAGAACAACGGCAAAGUAUUCUAUAAAUAUGACACACCGUACAAACUCCUUCACAACAAAUAUGUCCGGGCCACACAAUCUGUUUUCAACGCACGCCUCCGAAGAGUCGGGUUCAAUUGUACCGUCGUUGACAUUGGUCGAGACGGCCACCCCGAUAAGGGCUACAAGUUUAUUGGGAAUGUCGGUUUCGGAGACUCGGACGACGGGCUAGAAAUUGUGCCAGGCUCCACUGAUGCAAUGGACAGCGUUGCGACAGCUGCAAGGAACUUGAAGAGAGCGAGCGAAGAGCACGGUCAGAGCCUGCGGUUUACUCACACCACUGAACCCUUGCUCGUUACACUGGCCGUCGCUUCCGGGAUGAUGGAGACGCUGUUUUAG